UACGUACGUACCGCUACGUGUAAUCUGCGCCGAGCUUACGGGGAGCUCGAGCGAGAGAAUUACCCUGUCGAAGUCAAAGUCAAAGUGAGCUCGCGCGAUCGAGGAACAGGAAACCAAUGACUCACCUCAACAUUGAAGGAGUAGAAGGAGAAGCCAUCACUCAACAUCAGUACUCUGUAGGACAAGGAGCUGGACUCCCUGGAGGAGCUAAGUAAGAAGAGGAGGAGGAGGAGCUGGAGGAGGAUAGGAGGAGCUGGAGAGAAGGUCGUCUAGAAUCUAUCAAUCUAUUCAAUUCAAGUCACGUCACAAAAAUAAAGAUAAUGGCUGAGAGACAUGGAUUUCAUGAGGCCCAUUUCACCUCCAUACCAUGUCAGAGCAAUGUUUACGGUCUGACAUCCUUAGCCUACCCUGGAGGGGUCGGUAAGGCGCUGGUUGCACCCCUCAAAGAUAAAGUGGUCUCGCUAGAGUACAUGGCAGAGCGGGGGAAGACAGAGCUUCAACCUGUGGCCAAAGAAAUCCACUUUGCUGGCAUCCCAGAUGAUGCGGAGAUCAUCUCGAUAGAUUCCUCUCAGCAUAUCAUUGAGGAUGGUGGAGGAUACAUCAUUGGUAUCACAUUCACUAAGGAUGCAGAGACUGAUCACCCAUCUCAUAUACUUAAUCUCUAUGCACCAUGGGAUAAAGUAUCAGAGUAUGGACUUGACAGUAUAGCUCAGAUGUGGACCAACAUAGAGCUGGAUUUCACCCCAUACUAUCUCGGCCACACCAAAAUUCUUGAAGAUGGGGAACAAGAGAUAGUCUUCCUUCUGACUGGAUCUGACAAUCAAGUCCAUCUAUACAGAGAGGAACAGGUUGGUCGUUUCUCUGAGCAUCCUGUGGGGAGUAUCUUUCCUGAAUUCAAUGAUUUACCAUGUGUUGCAUUAUGGUUGGACAGUUGGAAUCUUAAAGGCUGCAGACGGUUGAGCGUUGUUGGUUGUCGUAGCGGUUAUGUCAGACUUGUGUUAGUCAACACAAGAAACAAUGAGGUUAUGAACCAGUGGGAGAUGAACCAUGAUAGCGCCAUCACGUGUUCCCAAAUCUUCACAUCGUCUACUCACAUGGAAUCAGCAUCAUCUUGGCUUGAGAGGAGAGAAGAUGGAAUCAAGGAGGAGGAGGAGGAAGAAGAUGUUGUUGAUGAUACAAUCUUAGAUGAAGACGUUAAUCUUCUUAUCACCAGUGCUGUAGAAGGUGCUGUUGUUUACAGAAAUGUAUUGAAGGAAGGAUUUAAGAAUCAGACAGUGCUUCCACAAAGUGACUUGUUUGACUGUGCAUUGUGUACAUGUGUAGCAGACUUAGACUGGGAUGGCCAGAAUGAGCUUCUCAUAGGCACGUAUGGACAGGCACUCUUGGCUUACAAGUAUUUCCCCCCUGAAAGUGAAAACCUACCAAGCACUGAGAAUCAGGUUGUAUCAGAUAACAGCCUUCCUGAAGAGAUAUCAACUAAAGAAGAUGAGGGAUCUACUAAAGAAGAUGAGGGAGAAGGAGGAGGAGGAGGACAUGGUCAUUAUGAGUUACUCUGGUCAAGAAGCUUUGCCCAUCCACUUUUAGCAUUAAAUCAUGUUGACCUUACUGGAGAUGGAUUGAAAGAGGUCAUAGUAUUAUCUACCAGAGGAGUACAUGUUCUCCAGCAUAAUCUAGACAAGGCUGCUCAAAGAUGUCUAGAUAGUUUGAAACAACUGGAUGGAGAUGACCCAACGUGAUUGAAUAUUCCAGCAAUGAACACUCUGAAUAGUGCACAUGCAUGGAAUUUAUAGGCCUCUGUACUGAAAUAUCAAUUAUUCGCUGAGACGAAGCUUUGCUCUAAUCGAAGGAAGAAAGACUUCAAGCCGAGAGCAAUCAAUACCAGUUCUUAUAUCAUAUUGGAGAGAUGAAAUUUGAGUGGACAGUAUCAUGAAACAAGAUCAGAUGAUCAUUGGCAAGUGAUCUACAGGAACUCUCCACUGUCUUUAAAGGCAUCGUUUAACAAUGUUAAAUCUGAGAUGCAUGGUCCUACAUGUUAUCAGUGUCUGUGAUAUGGUGUAAUAUUGAAGCCCUAAAAAAAAUAGUGCUUCAAAAUGAUCAUGGAGUGCCUCAAAUAAGUAACAAAUCUUGGAGUGACCGGUUUUACCAUACACAUUUCCCAAUAGACUGUAGUGUUAUAAAAACUGUAAGGAAA